AAUCGGUGUAUUAAUAAUGGAGGAAAUAAAGUACAUAAUCAGUGAAUUAAAUAAACAGCCCUUUAAUAAGGGACUAAAUAUAGUGAGUUAUGACACCUUAAGAGGUGAACAGAGAAUCGAGAUUCUGUUACAGGUUUUCGAUGAAAUCGAUUCCACGUUCAAAAGCGAGUCCUUACGAAACCUGGAACCGGAGGAAGUGGUGGCCACUAUUCUGGAGACCUUAAGAAUCAUGAAAUACAUUCCCCCCAAUGAUAUACAACCAAGCGAAUUCCGGUCGGCGUUGAUAUUAGGCGACAGAUCCCUGACCACUCAUAUACUUAGUUGGCUUUUGCAUAGACUACCAGCCCUUAAGAAAAGAGCCUAUUUGUCAAAGUAUUUGGUGAAAAUUGAAUUAUCACCGGAAGUGGAGGGUGACCACGACGUGCUUAUCAUAUAUCAACAGUAUCAGCGAAUGAUCGACGAGUUUAAGACAAUCCACGGCUCGUACGAGUCGCUCAAGAAGUCGAUCGCAUCGGUACACGAGGUUCAGAAAGACGUGAAGGCCAUGGAGGACGAGAGGGAACAGAUCGCGCAGAAGACCCAGAAUAUCAAGAGGAGGGUUGACGUGAACGCCAACGCCGAGUAUUUCGCACUCGUGAAGGAAUAUCGCGAAGAAAAGGCUAAAAACGAUCAAAUCUACGCUCAGUUACAGCAACAGGACGUCCAGUCGGACCAAAUCGACCAGAAGUUCAAACGUCUGGAGCAACAGCUCAAGGAAACCAAAAAUAAUUUUCAGGCGAGCGGAACGUCACCUCAGGAUCUGAUCGAUAGACUCGAGGAUGAGGUGAAGAUUAAGCGCCACCUAAUCGACGAAGUGCUGCCCUCGGAGUUGGAUCAGCUGAAGAAAUACGUGGACGACAUCCAGAAGAUUGAGAGUCAGCCGCAGAUGAGUAACGACUACUUAAACAAACUCCAGAUUCAGAUACAGGCGCUGAAUAGGGAGAUCAAUACAAUCGUCGAGAAUAAGAUGCUUAACAACGACCCGAUGGCCGACAAAAUGGCUUUGUUUCGGCAAAAUGCGGCGGAUGUGGCGAAGAAACGGGAGGUGACGUCGGAUUCCGUCAAACAAGCGGAACACGAGUUGAAAGACUUGGAGAAAAUACUCAAAACCAAGAGGAGUGGACUCAAAGACGGUGACCAACCGCUCAAAGGACAGGCAUUAAAACAAUUCGUGAAUACAUUGCGCGACAAAAGCAAUGAAUAUAAACUGAAACGCAACGAAUUGGCGGAACUCCGCACAGAAGUGACC